AUAUCAGGACAAAUCAGAGCAUUCAUUAAGUUACACAUGAGCUAUGCAACAUGCAAUUGCAGAAUGUGAUCAUGUCAGCUCACAGAAAUUGUUUUGGAACAUAAUACAUUCAUGUUAGGAGGACAGGAGGUUUACAAGAUCCACUUUAUUCAUAUCCAUCAAAUAAUAGGAUAUGUGUCUUCAGCUUCAAAUCAAAAUCUAACUGUCCAAAUUGCAAUAUUUGGAGUGGAUUCAGUUUGGGGGCAAAAUUUGGACCAGGGUAACUCAAAAAGGAAAAGCAACACAUCAGGAUACCCAGGCGGAUCAUAUUUUGGGAAUUUCAUUAACAGCUAUGUUGUUUGACCCUAACUAAUAAAAUACCAGGACUGUGUCACUUUCUAAAUGCAAAAGGAAAGGAUGACUGUUUCAGUUGAAGGAAAGUGUGGUCAAUUCAAUGUGUUGUAAUGUAAAGGUCACAGGAGUCGCACAGUGAUGUAAUUUUGUAUGGAGCAAACAGUAUCUGGAGCACUUGCUAAUAAGAUGCAAAAUAUACCAGGGAUUUAAGAUGUAAAACAUACCAGGACUGGAGGUUUUUAUUGGUUGGUUUUAAGGUCAAGUGGCUAUAAGAAUAUGCUAUGUUGAGUGUAAACAAGGAUUUGUGUUUAGCAAACAGAUAAGGAACUCCUAGUGCAUGGAAAUACUACAUAAAACAUAUAGAUACAGAUUGCACAAGUAAGAUCAAGGAAACAUGCUAGAUUUUUGCUGUUAUUAGGGCUAAGUCGCAACAAUUUUAAAUUCCUAGAGCCAAGGCUUGUAAAUUGAUAUGUCACUUCACAGAUCAAAUUGCACUUGGAAGUCCCAAGUGUAAUCUUAUAGCACAAAAUGGAACGAAAAAAUUUGUUUCUUUACUCUCAAUUAUUGGACAUUUUGGUAUCUGGAGUCAGUAACAAUUAUGGUAAUGGAAUGAAAACCUCCUACAAACACCAUUGAACAGCAUACUCUACAGAUUUAAAAAUGUAAGUUUGACCAAGAAUAGUAACAUCAGUUGUUGUUUGUGCUUUUUCUGUUUACUUUGACCAUUUCUCUGGUCAAACCUCUUUUUUAACUAAACAAAUGUACCAACACCAUAAGCAUUGCUACCAGAGGAAAUUGUAAAUUAAUAAUCAAUUUCUUUGUAAAUUGUAUAGUGGUUAGGUGCUUUUAUCAAAUGUUUUUGUAGAGAAGAUUUUGGAAAGUAUACUUUUGCGAAAAAAUAAAUCAUUGGAGGUGGAUACAUAUAUGAGCUGCCUUUGGUUCCCCUUGGCAAAGAUUUUGUAGAUCAGAAGUGCAACUGGAUAUUAUAUUGCUUUGUGAUUCAAAUGGUUUGAUUAUUAGUAUAAUUCAUGAUAUAUUGUUAUGUUUUCAAUAAAUUGAAAUGGCAAGUGUAAUUGUAAUUGUGAAUGCUUUGGGUGAUAGAAAUUGUAACAAAUAUAUGCUCAGUCAUAUGUUCUACAUUUCCAGCUUUGAAAUUGGAGAUGGGCCAUGAUUUUAAAAGAGUAGUUGUCACAGUUUACCUUAUUCAAAAAAUGGGGGUUUCGAAGUUUACCAAUUUUGGUAGAUGACUGAAUAUCCCUGAAGCGAGGAUAGAAAAGCAGUGGCCAUUCGCCUUCAACCCUGUGUUUUGUUAAAAACUGUCAAACUACAAUGUCAAAAGACAUGUUAAAAACUGUCAAACUACAAUGUUAAAAUGUCAAAAGACAUUUUUAAUAAUUGUCUUCAUUUUUGUGUUUAUUGUGCUACUCUUUUUAUAUUUUCACUGAAAAUAGUAGUUGAACCUUUCUCAAAUUAUUUAAAUAAGAGCCUUUUUGAAAAUCUCUUUUAAACAAGGUGCCUAUUAAAUAGUGAAAAAGUUAACCUUCUCAGUUUUCAGAUUCUACAGGUUGUAGUAUGUUCUUGUGUAAUGGUGUUUUUUGUAUUUUCAUUUAAAGGCUGUGGAGUGCCGUUCCAUAGCAUUUUUAUUUUAUGUUGUGAGAUUAUUUCCAGCAAAAAGUGUGCCAUAUGUGGCUGAAGGAAGUUUGAAAAGAACUGUCUCAGACAACAAAUAUUUAUAAUAAUUUUUGAUAACAUUUUAUGUGCUUGUAAUCACUCAUCAGACCAUGUUAAGAACUUCUUAAGAUUCAUAUUGCUAGAAAAAAAUAAGCCAAAGAACUAAGCUGAAAUUGUGAAGGGAAGUUUCCAAAGUUGCCAACUCUGCAACCCUUAUUGGUAUCGCCCCUAGAAGCAGGUCUGCUAAGAGCUUUUCUGGGAUUUUGGGCAACGGGGGCCUGCCAUGGCGUCAUAAAAACAUGUGAUUGUCACUGUUGUUGUUGUUUUUACGAACUCUAUUUUCCCUUUUUAGGGCCCCUCCCAGCUUAAGUCUCUGGGCAAUCUGCUUCCUGCCCCUCUCUUGGCUGGCUUGCCAGCAACCGUGAAAUAAAUUUCCGAAGUGAUGACAGUCACAAAUAUCUUUAUUUAGAACUUCGAAAUGACAUCCUGUAGCCUGAAAAAGCCUUGUGAAAUAUGUGAUACAAAUGUUUUGUCAUGAAACAAAGUGCAAAAGCAGUUGAAUGGUUCGAAAACUAAUUGUGCAAAUGUGGCCAUGUCUCAUUUAAUUUGUAACCGAUUUGACUGAUUUGGUAUUUUGAGAUAUUUUAUGGUGCUCUUCAAGGUUUUGCCAACUUAAAACGCACCUAUUUUGACGUCACGCAUUUCUUAUGACGUCACCCAACCCAUCGCCUUGCUAUUCAAUAUGCUUGCUCACGAUAGCCACUACUAUUACCCCCCCCCCCCCCCUCCCUAUAAAACGUUGAGUAAGCCUAAAACUUAUUUGCCCAUAUAAGAUUGGAAACCCUAUAGUUGAAUUGAUUCCAAAAAUUAUAUAAAAACACAGGAAAAUCUUGUAGUUGCAAUUCCUGUCAAAUAUAUCUGUUUCCUUCCCUGUCAAACUACUUCUGAUCAAAUGUAUUGUCAAAGACCAAAAGAUGAGAGGUUUUCAUGAAGUUCUGAUUAAGUUUAUAUAAAAGAAACCAAUUAUUCGGGAUUCACUUUCCAACUAAAAAUGUUUCUGUUACAGUAACCAUUACGGAACUUAAAACGUCUCUUUUUCAACUUCAAUCAAGCCCGUAGACAGGCGUGUGGAGUAGGGGUGGCAAACUUCCUGUGUUCAAUGCAGGCGAAGUUUAAAUUUAAGCUUUUGUAGGGGUAGGGGGUAUGGCAGGUGGCUAGAGUUUAUGGAAACAAAUACUGAUACUGUCAAUAUCACUGUCAGGUCUGACAAAAUCAUUAAAGUGCUUGUGAACAAAUGCCCUUCUUCGCUGAAUGUUGCUGACCACUGAUUAUUCCAUUGGGUGUCUAUACUAUAGAAUAUUGUUCGCAAAGUUUCUUGUUCACAUAACUUUUGAUUUUGAAAUGCCCUGACCACUUUGUUGCAGCAAGUCGUUUCAGCAAUUUUCUGAGAAGAAGUUUUUGCUUGGCAGCGAAAGUUUUUUUUAGCGCCAGGUAUAAUCUUAAGUUCUACAUGGGUAAUAAUAAACCCCAAUUAGCAUCUUUCCUUCUUCCAGUGUUAGGUUGAACGGCAAUCCAAUGACAACGAAGAAAAACUUCUUUAAAAAUGUAGAGACAAGAUUCUCGGGAAUGGCAAACAGCUGGCACUCUCUUGCCCCAGGGGUGGCAUUGCCACCCUAUCACAGAAUAGGAAAUAUUUCCUAUUCGGUGAACCUAUGCCACCCCCUUUCUACGGUUCUACGGGCCUGACGUCAAUUGAAAACAGGAAAUAAUGAAUUGUUGGCUUCAAGUGUUUCUCUGUCUGCUACCCUGUGAAACCACGAGAUCAUAAUAGGUGACGUCAUUAAGAAAUGUUGUGGUCACAUGAAAACGGAGCUAGCGUAUCAGUAGAAUCCUGUUGUCCAGAAGGUUUAGUCGCCGUGGCCAGUCCAGUUAAGAAUCAUGGCACUCGUCAACGGAUUCCUUAUUCACCUCGUGAUACUUUUUGUUUGGACCAGAACAGUGACUAGCGGAUUCUUGCCCAAUGUCAACUGUAACACAAGAUUAACGGUAGUGCCAACAACAUCGGAUACAUCAUAUCGGUUUUACCCCUACUUUGUCAAUUUACAUCGAUGUCAGGGAUCUAAAGGCAGAAACCCCCCAGCUUUGAUGGAAUGCGUGCCUGCGCAGGUGGAGACUGUGAAUGUCGAAGUGAGGCCGCUUCAAACAGCUGACAAGUCGAAUGGCUUUUUGAGCAUCCAAGGGAAAAUGUAUUUGCCGAUGGUCAACCACACAUCCUGCAAAGUCCAGUGUGCUUUCAAGAGAGAGGAUUGUAGAAAGCCGAAUGUUUAUGAUGAAGCUGGCUGCAAAUGCGUCUGCAAUUUGGGCUUAAUAGGCCCUGCAGGAAUGAUUUGUAAAGAUUCAAGAAAAAUGUGGAGCAACGUGUACUGUGGCUGCAUGUGCAAAAACACCAAAACCUGUCGAAACAGGCGUCAGUACUUCGAUCAGAAUAGUUGCUCCUGCAAAUGCAAAAAAAGGCGUUCGGCUACUAAAGGCUGUGUAUACUACGGCGAAAACUAUGAUCCGUCAACAUGCAGUUGCUUCAAAAAAGCAAGACGAGUCAAACAAAAUCAAACCAUAAAUCAAGAUCAGCAUAAGAAGAGUAGCACUGGCUUAUGGAUUACAGCAGCUGCCAUCGAACUUUUCCUUAUGUUAUGUGCUUUUGACGUGUUUCUGCAUAAGCAUGAGGCAGGUUUUUCCUUUGCAAUCAAAUCCAAGAUUUCGAGCAAAGAUAAACCAAGAAUCAGUGACAGUGAUGAUCACGAGGAGAAGCCCCAUGAAACCACAAAAUUUCGCGUAACAUUCAAAGAAAUACUCCGUCGACAAUCAAGAGUUUCCAGCUCCCUUCGGAAACGAUCUUCCGCUUAUUCAAGUUCCUGUCCUGGACCCCAGACGCCGCUUAUUACGUCACCAAGCCAAGACAACAUUGCAGAAGACGUAUUUUUCCAAGAAUAAACAUCGAAUGAAUGCAACUUUGGAAACGUUCUGGAUCAAAGGGCAAUAAAAUUUUGUUGUAGAUAUGUUGUUAUUCGUCACAUUACAAUGGAACAGCUAGACUAGUUUUCGGUUAUCUCGACACUGUAUUUAUAUAUUUGUAAUCGAAAGCUUAAGUGGCAAAGGGGUUUUAACCUUGAAUUUUCACUCAUAAAUGCGCGAGUUUCUACCAAGUUCCCCUUCAAUACUCGGCUUUUGUCUCAUCUCCUUCAUACAUACACUGCAUCCAAAUAUCUCGUUCAGUGGCGGCUCGGAUAAGUGGGGGGGACAAAUGGUGUGUCAGGGACCACGCCCCCUUUCCCCCUGUUUGAAACAUUAUCUAGAUAACGUGUGACGGUCUAGAUAACGUACAUACACCCCCCCCCCCUCGAAGUUUUCUCGUCAGGUUUGCGAGAAUCUCAAGGACCAACUUUCUGAAAAGGUGGGAGGGCUAGUUCCCCCCGUGGCUCCGCCACUGAUCUCGUUAUUAGUCGCUAGUAGUUGGCCCCCUUUCCCAGUCAAUGACAAAGUAUUAAGAGGCCUUGUUUGAGCUGGAUUUUGGUUUAGGAACAAUUCCUGAUUUACUUUGUUCAAAUGAGUCCCCUGUCUAGAAUGAAAUAAGCGGACCAAACUCUAUAAAAGUCAAUUGGAUGCAAGUACUUACGCGAUAUUUUGCUCUUUCACAACUUUCAAAAAGUUUUUUCAUUUCCUUCCAAGAUUGGCGGGAGCAAAGAAGAUAUUUUUUAUUUCAAUCUACUUAUUUACUGAAAAUUGUUUCAUAGUUACUUCAACUUGUAGCGACUCUUAAAGUUACAAUCAAAUGCAAAUAUUUAAUUUGUUUAAUAUUAUACUAAAUCGAUAAUAAAGUCCUUAAUAUAUUAACAAUUUAAAAUCAGAUUUCUGUUAAAUAGAAUUUCGAUUACCAAUGUUGCUUUUGUCGAAUUUCACUCUCCAACGAACCUGUUUUUUUUUUCAUUAACAAACAGUACACAUACUCUAAUAAUCCUUGAAGUUAAGGUCUUUGAUGUCAUUUUCUAAGAACAUAAAAAGAAAAUAUGUAUUUUACCAAACAUACAUUUAAGAAUUCAAUUUAGGUAUAGGAGUUCUCCCACCACCCCUAAUUUUCUUGGUACUUACUAAAAAUCUCAAAUAAGGUUUUGGAAACGGUAGGUCACGAUUUCUCUUUCGCAGCUUAAUUUGUUUAGAAGGCUACGGGCACGCUGCAGCCUUUACAUCCGUGAGAGUAAAAUUUCCCUCAGCAAAGACAAGAAUUCUGUUAAAACGCCCAAUGAAUUAUAGGAAAAUUUAUCCUUGGUAGAGACAAGAAUUCUGUCCAGGCCCCCAAUGAAAUAUAGGAGAGUUUGUC